UCUGAGGGCGAGCUGCUGGUGUUGGCUCUGGUCGGCUGCUGGCGAACAGUGGAACCUCUGGAAUAUUACAGGAGAUUUUUGAAAGAGAACUGCCGUCCUGAUGGAAGAGAACUUGGUGAAUUUAGAACCACCACUGUCAACAUAGGUUCAAUUAGUACUGCAGAUGGUUCUGCUUUAGUGAAGCUGGGAAAUACUACAGUAAUAUGUGGAAUUAAAGCGGAAUUUGCAGUACCUCCAACAGAUGCUCCUGAUAAAGGAUAUGUUGUUCCCAAUGUGGAUCUCCCACCCCUGUGUUCUUCAAGAUUUCGCUCUGGACCUCCUGGGGAAGAGGCCCAAGUGGCUAGCCAGUUCAUUGCAGAUGUCAUUGAAAAUUCACAGAUAAUUCACAAAGAGGACUUAUGCAUUACUCAAGGAAAGCUUGCAUGGGUUCUAUAUUGUGAUCUCAUUUGCCUCGACUAUGAUGGAAACAUUUUGGAUGCCUGUACAUUUGCUUUGUUAGCUGCUUUAAAAGAUGUACAGUUGCCUGAAGUUACUAUAAAUGAAGAAACUGCCUUAGCAGAAGUUAAUUUAAAGAAGAAGAGUCAUUUGAAUAUUAGAACACAUCCGGUUGCAACCUCCUUUGCCAUAUUUGAUGACACUUUACUCAUAGUUGACCCUACUGGUGAGGAGGAGCAUCUGGCCACUGGAAGCUUAACAGUAGUAAUGGACGAAGAGGGCAAGCUGUGCUGUCUUCACAAACCAGGUGGAAGUGGGCUGACAGGAGCUAAACUUCAGGACUGUAUAAGCCGAGCAGUUACAAGACAUAGAGAAGUUAAAAAACUGAUGGAUGAAGUAAUUCAGAGUAUGAAACCCAAAUAAACCACAUUUUGAAAACAGA